AUGGCAUACGCUUCAGAAUCGGCCCUGCCCAUCCUCGCCCAGUCUCUUGUAACACCGCCAGAAUCCGGAAUUGAGAUUGACUCAGAAAAUAAUAUCGAGCCACGGGACUUAAAACCUCGGUCAGGCACAUGGAGUCUCCAAGAUGAUAUUGACUCAGGCUUUCAAGAUCAUCCCAAUGGAAUAUUUCAAACUGGCACCGUCAUCGGGAUCUCCACUUUGCGUAGUCAACAGAGGAAUGGCAACGUCGAUGAUUUGACGGGCCAGCUUCCUCGUCACCUUCUCUCUGCGUACUUGCACAAACAACCAAAAUCACCCACCCCGCUCCCACGGGCAAUGAUAAUCCAUCCGGCUACUUAUGAAGGCUUCUCUCCAAGAAAUCUUUUUUCAUCACUCCUAGCACCGUCACAGAAACCUCAAUUCACCCGCGAGGAUGCAAUCACUUGUUUGGACUCAGUCCAGCUCUUCCCUGUAUAUGACGUUGCUGCUGCCGUGCAGGCAAUUUCGGAGAUCUCGGACAUGCUCGAUAGAUCUCGAGACGAACGGGCUCGAAGGCAAAGCUCCGGACAGUCUUCAGAGCAUAGCGGUUCCUCCGUUUUGCUCAUCGUUGCUGGGCUGGACACGCUUGCUGAGGCCGCAGUUCGUGCCUCGAAUACCGUUCGAGGAGCGGCGAUUCUGACAACCGCGUUACGCUCUCUGACUCACUUAUCGCGGGUACAUAGCUCAUUCCUGUCCGUGAUGCUGGUCAAUACCAACGGACUUGGGUCUUUUGGUACAUUCGCCAACGCUCCUAAUUAUAUGCAACAAAGUAACCCCCGAAAAGACUAUCAAGACGAUGGCAUUCACUCUAUCUUUCAUACGUCGGAGAGUCCUUUGCUACCCAGUCUGCUGAUGCGGACGCUAGAUCAAGGCAUUGAUACGCACCUGUUACUGUCGAUGACCACAACCGCUACUGUAGUCGAAGUCAUAAAGGAUCGAGUUGGAGAGGGUGUUGGGAACUGGUGUAUCUGGGACAGACGAGCGAAACGAUGA